AUGACCAUUGUGAACUAUGGAAAAACAGUUGAGGUAGAAGUUUUGGAUGAUAAUUGUUAUAUCACUGGAGGAGGGUUACACGGGAGAUACAUAGUAAAACAGUUCCACUUCCACUGGGGAAAGGCUGAUCACAGGGGCAGUGAACAUGACGUUAAUGGUAAACAGUUUCCAAUGGAGAUGCAUAUAGUGUCCUACAGUUCUAGGUUUCGACAGUAUAAAGAUGCUUUGAACUCGACAGGAGCUUUAGCGGUCAUUUCUUUCUUAAUUGACAUUGGCGGUGCUAACACCAUGUUUGAUGAGAUAUGUGAUUGUUUUGCUCAAAUAAUCCGCGAAGAUGAUAAUGUAACAAUGCCACUAUUUUCUAUGACGUCACUGUUUCCGUCACCACAUGAUGUGUACUACAGGUAUUACGGUAGUUUGACGACGCCACCAUGCCACGAAAGUGUUAUAUGGACUGUAAUUAAAUCACCUAUUUCUAUUUCAAAACAACAGAUAUAUUUAUUCCGUUUUCUUGGAAACCGUCAUAUAAACAAACACCGUGAUUUAGCUGACAAUUUUAGGCCAUUGCAAGCUCUAUAUGGCAGAAAGGUAUAUGCCAACAACAUACGUGGAAUGCCUUCAGAAAGAAGCACUAGGGCGAAGGCGCGCAUUGUGAAAAUAACUACAUCAAGGUACAAAAGUGUCAAGCCACGACGCAAGGUUUCAAAGACAAGCAGGCGACAAUUCAACUUUUCUUCAAGUCGUAAGACAACCAUUCGCGAAAGUUUUCCUAAUGCAAACAUUAUGACAGCUCGCAAUAAAAAAUCAUUGGAUAAAUAUAUCAAUAAACUAUCAAAUCAGCUGAAAACAGAACUACGUGGUGUCAAUGGAGAUGAUAACAGAAAUCAGUUACGGAAUCUGGUAAAAUUUAACCGGAAAGAUAAACAUUUAAAAUCCCCUAUUUAUACUCUGUACGACAAGCAGGUGAUCCGGAUUCCAUACACCAACAAGCUAUUUCUAACAAACAAAUACGGUAUCAGCAGUAACAGGUACCACAAAUCCAACAAAGUUCAGCAAAGACGAAAAUACAGUUCUAUGAUACAACAACGUACACAUGGUUAUUAAACUCCAUAUAAGUAAAGUAAAAUUGCUGCUUCAAAAAUCACUUAUAUAAAUAAUCUAUGCAGUUUAUUGCGGAACACGUAUAUGCCAAAGAAAUGUAAAAGUAUUAAUCCCUCUAAAUGAUAUUAGGAAUAAACUAAGAUGAUAAAAGGUCGUAA